ACUGAUUACAUCAGAUCCACACCAUGAAUCCUGAAACGCACCAGGGUCCUGGAGAAGCGUUGUGUCAUUUCACUAUGUACUGUGUCAGCUAUAUGUGGUUGAAAUGACAAUAAAAGCUUCUUGAAAUUUCAAUAGAGCGGGAAUUCAUGAGGAAAAAUGAAGCGCAUCUUCACAGGACAGCACUUGAGUUUAUGGAGACUGACAAAGCAAGUGACUCCUCAGGAUCACAUAAGGAAGUACUUAAUGAAGAAGAUCCCACCCUACCCACAUCCAGUUGAAUUUUGGGUUUCAGAUGUAACCCAUGUUACUGAGGAGACAGGAUUCAGGGGGAUACUGAAGUCCGAGCAGUUCAGACCUCCUAACAGUGAGUUCUCAUGGUGGGCCUUAAAAAUUAAAAAAGGGGAAAUAAGAUCAGCAGAGGAACGUUAUAUGAAGAGUAACGUCUCAAAUACGGCACAAGAGCUGAAGGAACAAAAGCCGUUUUUGGAGAAGUUCACCACAUCACCUCUCUUCAAACUAAAGAAAUCUCGCUACGGCAAUUAUCGCUUCACGUUUCCCCUCACUGAUCUGAUGCAGUGGUACAAAGAACAGAACUGUGGAGGAGAAGACCCGGUUCUCAGGGUGUACGAGACCGUCACCUACAGACAACAGAUUGUGUACACCGUGCUGAUUCACAGUCCUGAGGAUAACCAGCGUUUUGGAGAAUAUCCGCUUCUUGAGGCGAGUGAGUGGGUUCAGUAUCAGGAUGGGAAGAUCAUCUGGAAAGCACAAGCCAUUUGUGAAACCCACCGGUAUCAGUUCAUUUCAGGAGAAGUACAAAAGCUGAAUACUCGUAAGUUUUAUGUCUGGGAUCUGGUCAGUUUAAUCUUUUACUUACCAAAACCUAAGUCUCUGAAAAUCCCCAGAGAACGCCUUAUAGAAGCUCUCGAGGCCUGUAAACUUGACAAAAUAGAUCUUUCAGGGUACCAAGGUCCUAAAAACAAAGAGGAGCGCUUCUUGGAAGCAAAGAUGAACGUGAGUCAGUUGAAAGAGUUUUGACAUUAACGCAACUUCACCCAUAAUUGUUAAUCAUACGAGGCAGCAGUUACAUAAAUAGAGGAUGAAAAUCAAUGUACACACAAAAGUGUGUUUAUGAAAACAAAUGAAAAAAUACCACUCAUUAACCAUGUCACAUUUUAUAUAGAAUUAGUUAUGCUACAAUG